GCCAUUGAAAAGUGCUAGUAACGCUACUGCCAUUUGGCGCAGUUAAAAAUAGCUAGUAGCUACAUCAAUUUGCAUAGCGUGGCGUCCUUACAGAAUUUCCCGUAUUUGUCAUUUUAAACCGUGUUUCAGUUUAGUAUUUUUAUACAGAUAUAAAAAUGAGUUCAAUUAACGUAAAAAAACUGAAAGUGAACGAGUUGAAGGACGAGCUGAAAAAGCGUCAAUUGUCGGACAAGGGACUGAAGGCCGAGUUGAUGGACCGGCUGCAGGCCGCGCUUGACGAAGAGGCCCUGGCUGGAGACGAUCCCAUUGGGCUGGAGGCCGCGAAGGGAGACAGCCCUGAGGCCGCUGAUGAUCAAGAGGACAUGGGGGAAGACGAAGAAGACGAGGAUCCGGUCGAAGAAAGCAUGGAGGCCAACGAGGAGGAGAAUGGAAACGGAGAGGGAGACGCCGCCGUCGAAUGCGAGGAGAACGCGACUCAGGAGGACGAAGAAAUGGGUGAGGGGGAAGAUGAAGAAAUGGAUCCAAUGCUGAAGGAAGGUGUGGAUGACAUGGAGAAAAUAACAUUAGACGCAGAGGAUGGCGAGCCUGCAGACCAGCCAGUAGAGGGUGAGUCGCUGGUUCCAUUUGUAAAUGCCUGGACUGGGUGUCACAUGUUUUUGCUAUACGGGGUGUUUUCGCGAAGCCGGUUUGAUGUAUAUUGGCUAGUGUAGCUAGCAAAUUGGGGUAAUAUUGUUUAACUUGGUCUUAACGUACUGCACGGAGACUACCAUUGGGCUCACGCUUGAAGUAAUUUUAGAUGAAUGGGUGGUUAGCAUAGCUAACAAAGUUAGCAUUCUUUUGUGUAGUUGCUAACUAGAAUAGCUAGCUCGCGACUAGCAGACGGUGGACAAGAUUCGGCAGUUGCUCGUUUAGGUAGGCUCGUGGUUCUAAAUGGUUAACUAUAUGACUCAGAGUAUCCAAUAUUAUUCUACAAACGGGUUCUCAUAAACGUAGCUAAAGGGAAGUAUUUGAUAACCGUAGUUAACUAGUUAUCUGGUUAGAUAACAAUAGCUGGUUAAUAUAUUUUGAAUGAACGAGCAAGAAUUGGCUAGCUAGCUUUUAAGCUAGCCGCGAAUGGUAUUGUGGGGGAAGGGGGUCAAUUUAAAAUAGUCUGCAGUUCAGGUUUUCUUGUCUGACUUGUCGCAGUAUGCUAUUGUAUUGACCGCAAAAUCUGUGACGAGUGGACAACGGAAUAUUUCCCUGAUCUUUUUUAAUAGUAACUCUAACCUUAGCUGGGAUAUUGCACCCAUUUUACUCGUAACGUUACAUCUCCUAACGUGUGAUCUCCAAUUGUUGGCCAGCUACAAUGUAACCAACCCUACUCUGGUCAAAGCAGCCUUAGUGUUCUACUGUCUUCCAUCACAUUCAAUGAAAGUAUUGAGGUCCUAAUGGACAAGUAGUUAGUCGUCUGUGUGGGCCAACCCUACCACAGCCACAGUGCGACCUAUCCUUUCAAUAAAGGAGCACCUCAUUAUAUUUUUCUUUUAUUUCCAAAGGGGAUGCGGACAAAGACACGAAUGCUGAUCAGAAGAAUAAGAAGGGUGUUAAGAGACGCCGGGAGGAACAUGGAAGGGGCUACUUUGAAUUUAUUGAAGAGAACAAAUACAGCUGGUAAGGAUGGGAGACAAAAUGGCCUUCGGUAUGUCUGAAGCGCCAUCACAGCUAUGUGAACUGUAUUGGCUUUAAGCGCCAAUGCAUUAACUAGCGACAAAACCCUCACUUAACUUACUUUUGUCAACAUUACUUUAGUUUCAUACAUGUUUGAAUUGAGGGUCAUCCCUGACUUUUAAAUUGACCUUACCAUUUAACCCAUGCAGUGACCACAUGCACCCCUAAAUGGACUGCAUAAUGUAGCAAGAGAAAUUAACAGUAAUUUUCUAUUGUUCCCCAUUCAUUCUCUUUGUGCAGGAAGGUUUACUGUGUACACUGACAAGGUGACGCAACGCUGAUAAAAAAAUAUAUAAAAAACACAUGAGAGUAGCAGGUGUGGGGGGGAAUCGCGUAAGGGCACUAGAAUGUAGCACUUUUUUCUGGACGCUCGAGUUGGAGAUUGGUACUAUCCACGGACCGCUCAUUGUUCCUGUUCGCACUGUAUUUGUCUUUUCUGAAUGUGUCUCUCUCUCCACUUUGUCAUUUUAUUCAGUGUGGUUGAUGUUGUUGUUUUUUACAGGAAUGCUUUCUCGAUGUACAGUCACACUGUGCAUCAUGGGCUGGUUUCCAGGGCACUUAAACCUACUGCUGAACCUUAAAAGUACUUCAAAUGGAGAUUCCAUUGAGCUUUUUAGUCCAGGACUAGGCUUGAUCUGUGUCUUGAAAACCACCCCCAUGUUUAUCUGGAACCCUAUUUUGUUUUUUUAAUUGACCCAGUGGACUGUUAUCUUGUCAUCAGAAUGUCACACUAGCCCAGGUUUCUCCAACCCUGUUCCUGGAGAGCUACCCUCCAGUAGGUGUUCUCUCCAACCCUGUUCCUGGAGAGCAACCCUCCUGUAGGUGUUCUCUCCAACCCUGUUCCUGGAGAGCUACCCUCCUGUAGGUGUUCUCUCCAACCCUGUUCCUGGAGAGCUACCCUCAUGUAGGUUUUCAUUUUAACCCCAGUUGUAACUAACCCGAUUCAGCUUAUCAACCAGAUAAUUAUUCAAAUCAGGUGCGCUAGAUUAGGGUUGGAAUGAAAACCUACUGGACGGUAUCUCUCCAGGAACAGGGUUGGAGAGCCCUGCUCUGGCCUGUGUAAACUAAGAAACCAUUGACUGUGCAGCAGAGGCCUUAGUAGCUGUUGGCUAAACCAAUCAUGGAAUCUCCAUCACACACCACCCUGGAUGACCCCUGGCAAGACUAUAUGCUCCUUGGUCUGAGUGUGGUCUGACCAAUGUGUAGAUAAGCCAAAGAUGGUACAAUUAGUGUUUCCCUGACUACACAUGGGCAGGUCUAGUAUGAAGAAGAAGAAGAAAAAAAUUGAUAAGAGCGUCUGCUAAUUGACUGAAAUAUAAAUGAAGUGGCCAUUUGUAUAAUCUAAGCAUAGUGCAUUUGAGGACAGAGUAAAAUUACCAACCAGUGUUGCUACAAAUAAUGUGAAUAUCACCCCCCCCCCCCCCCCCCCCCCCCCCCCCCACCCACUACUAUCUCUUGUUCUAAUUGGUGCAAAGACUCACAUUUUCUAUCAACGCUGCAUUAUCAAAUCAAAUCCAAUUUUAUUGGCCACAUGCGCCGAAUACUACAGGUGCAGACAUUACAGUGAAAUGCAUACUUACAGCCCUUAACCAACAGUGCAUUUAUUUUUAAUAAAAAAUUAAAAUAAAACAACAACAAAAAAGUGUUGAGAAAAAAAGAGCAGAAGUAAAAUAAAAUAACAGUAGGGAUGCUAUAUAUACAGGGGGGUACCGGUGCAGAGUCAAUGUGCGGGGGCACCGGCUAGUUGAGGUAUUAUUAUGGUGUUUCUCUUCCUGUGCCUGAGGCAGUGUUUAGUCCUGUAGAAAGACAUUUAUCCUCAUGUUGUAAUCCUCGCCAGUGUAAAUAUUUUUAAGCUAGUUUCAUAAACACAACUCUUCCCCCUGGGCAACAGCUUGAUUCUGAUUCUGAAUGCCUUCAAGUUGGUAAGUCGGUGUAGCACAACAUUCAGCUUGUUAUCUCAACAGUCCCUAGAGUAUUAGAAUAUCUCAACACACAGUUGAAGCCCCUCUAGGCUAUGUGGAAAUAGCUUGUAUGCCUCUGUCUGUUCCACGACCAUGAGGCUGCAGCUUCAGUGGGAUUUGACCUUUAGUGAGAGCAGCUCCACACACAGUUAAAUACAUCCAGCAGCCCUUUAUACUUCAUGACCCUCCCAAGAAUCUCCAAAGCCAUAAACACAGUUUCUGCCCACAACAAGGUCUAUUGGCUGUUAAGGCUUUUAUAAUAAGAAAUAUAGCCCCUAGGACUAGUUUAAAAAAUAAUUAUCCAUUGCUUUGAGGCACCAGUGGACCACUGCAUGUAUGCAUUUUGUCUUGUCGUGAUUUCUUAAAACCACCAGACUCCAGUAGCUUAAAUGUUGGGGUUCUAUUUCCGCCCAUAGUCUUCUUGCCUCUUUCCACUGUUGCCCUCUUCUUCAGAGGGGUCAUCCCAACCGGAUGGCCACCAUGGUAGGGCAUUCUGGUUCCGUGUGAAUGGUUCUAAUUCUCUGACAUUGUUACUGACAGGCUGUGUUCUCUUUCAGGUCUAGUCUCAAGUCUCCACUGCCACCCCUGGAAGAGGAAGAUGAAGAGUUCGAUGAUACAACAGUCUGCCUGGACAACUGUGAGUCAUGUUUGGUGUAUAGAUGGGCGGACAGUGCUGGGUUUAUUUAAUCACUCUACAAACACCUGCUCAGAAGUGAUAGCUCCACUUCGCUGUCUGAUGUUUACCGUAUUACCAACACGCGUUCAAUAUUCUCAGAUCUCGGCAAGUGCAUAGGAAUACGGCUUAAAGGCCGAUGUGUGAUAGGACACACUAAAUGCUAUGUCAGGGGACUGAGAAGAGAUCCGAAGAAUUGAUGCCUUUGUUUCUUUGUCUCAGAUAACUGUGACCUGCACUUCAAGGUGUCCCGGGACCGUUACAGCGCCUCCUCUCUCACCAUGGAGAGCUUUGCCUACCUUUGGUCCGGGGGCAGGGCCUCGUACGGCCUGACCCAGGGCAAGGCCUGUUACGAGAUGAAGGUAAGGAGAAACUCUGCUUCUCUUGUCUAGCCCAGUUGUCAUUUCAUUAGUAAUUGUGAAUUCGUAACAUUCUGACCUCAGAAACCAUUAUCAUUUGUCUCCAUUUUAUAAUAUAAAUGCACCAUUCAAUUUUAUCACCUGGUUGUGCUAUCAAAUGUCUACUUAAAUAAUUAGAUUUGCAGGCCAUCAUACUAUCUGCUGCUAACAUUACCAAUGUAAUAUUGUGGUUCUAGUUAACUGAGAAGAUUCCAGUGAAGCACAUCUUCAGUAAGAACAUGGAGGUCCAUGAGGUCCAGGUUGGAUGGUCCCUGGCUACUGGCAGUCUGCUCCUCGGUCAGUAUUAUGUUGUUUUUCAAAAAGAUAAUGGUUCUUAUGUGGUGUUGGCGCUCUCUAAAGGCUGUUAGGAAGCAUGACAUGGAACUGGAAGUGAUAUAGCCUGCGUCAGUUGAAGUUUGCAAGUCGACUAUGGAAUGACUGCAGAAACACUGAAAUCCAGAAAUUAUUUAUAUACAUUUUUUUUAUGACAAUUCUAAUUCUAGAGUUUUAGUUCCCUUAACCAGUCAGCUCUGUAUCAUGUCUGAUGUGAGUUGUAUUGUCAUUGCAGGUGAGGAGGAGCAUUCUUAUGCCUACUCUGGCAAAGGCAAGAAGACUACCAACUGCGUGACUGAAGAUUUUGGAGAGACUUACGAUGAGAAUGACGUAAUCUGCUGCCUCAUCGUAAGUAACCUGUCUUAAUUUAUCCUUAAUAGUUGCGAUAAUGUAAUAUUCUCAAAAUGCGCAGGCCGAUUUUAAAAUAAUAUUCAGACUUUCUGUGAUGUCAAUGAGGCAAACUCACACAAACAUUUUUUUUUACAUUUAUAUAAAAACAUGUUUGUCAAAUGAUUUGUCUGCUAUGUCCUCUGUUCAUGGAGUAAAAAAUGUCCACCAGAACCCUUCAAAACCAACCAGUGACUUUGUUUUGUAUUGGGGAUUAUACGUGUGGUGUGACAACUUCCUUGUUGAUAUAUAUAUGUGUGUGUGUGUGUGUGUAUAUAUAUAUAGUCCCCCAUUAUAUAUUAUAGUCCCCCAUUAUAUAUAUAUAUUUAGAUAUAGUACCAGUCAAAAGUUUGGACACCUACUCAUUCAUGGGUUUUUAUUUUAUUUUUACUAUUUUCUACAUUGUAGAAAAAUAGUGAAGACAUCAAAACUAUUAAAUAACACAUAUGGAAUCAUGUAGUAACCAAUAAAGUGUUAAACAAAUCAAAAUAUAUUUGACAUUCUUCAAAUAGCCACCUUAAACUUGACAGCUUUGCGCACUCUUGGCAUUCUCUCAACCAGCUUCACCUGGAAUGCUUUUCCAACUGUCUUGAAGGAGUUCCCACAUAUGCUGUGCACUUGUUGGCUGCUUUUCCUUCACUAUGCCGUCUGACUCAUCCCAAACCAUCUCAAUUGGGUUGAGGUCGGGGGAUUGUGGAGGCCAGGUCAUCUGAUGCAGCAUUCCAUCACUCUCCUUCUUGGUAAUAUAGCCCUUACACAGUCUGGAGGUGUGUUGGGUCAUUGUCCUGUUGAAAAAGAAAUUAUAGUCCCACUAAACCAAACCAGAGGGGAUUGCGUAUUGCUGCAGAAUGCUGUGGUAGCCAUGCUGGUUAAGUGUGCCUUGAAUUCUAAUUAAAUCACAGUGUCACCAGCAAAGUACACCCACACCAUAACACCACCUCCUCCAUGCUUUACGGUGGGAACUACACAUAUGGAGAUCAUCCGUUCACCCACACCGUGUCUCAUAAAGACACGGCGGUUUGAACCAAACAUCUCCAAUUUGGACUCCAGACCAAAGGACAAAUUUCCACCGGUCUAAUGUCCAUUGCGCAUGUUUCUUGGCCCAAGCAGGUCUCCUCUUAGUGGUUUCGUUGCAGCAAUUCGACCAUGAAGGCCUGAUUCACACAGUCUCCUCUGAACAGUUGAUGUUGAGGUCUGUUAUUUGAACACUGUGAAGCAUUUAUUUGGGCUGCAAUCUGAGAUGCAGUUAACUCUAAUGAACUUAUCCUCUGCAGCAGAGGUAACUCUGGGUCUUUCUUUCCUGUGGUGGUCCUCAUGAGAGCCAGUUUCAUCAUAGCGCUUGAUGGUUUUUGCAACUGCACUUGAAGAAACUUUCAAAGUUCUUGAAAUGUUCUGUAUUGACUGACCUUCAUGUCUUAAAGUAAUGACGGACUGUAGUUUCUCUUUGCUUAUUUGAGCUGUUCUUGCCAUAAUAUGGACUUAGCCCUAUUUGAUAAAAUAACAUCUUCUGUAUACCCCCCUACCUUGUCACAACACAACUGAUUGCCUCAAACGCAUUAAGAAGGAAAUAAAUUCCACAAAUGAACUUUUAACAAGGCACACCUGUUAAUUGAAAUGCAUUCCAGGUGACUACCUCAUGAAGCUGGUUGAGAGAAUGCCAAGAGUGUGCAAAGCUGUCAGCAAGGCAAAGGGUGGCUAUUUGAAGAAUCUCAAAUAUAUUUUGAUUUGUUUAACACUUUUUUUUUGGUUACUACAUGAUUCCAUGUGUUAUUUCAUAGUUUUGAUGUCUUCACUAUUAUUCUACAAUGUAGAAAAUAGUUUUUUUUUUUUUUUUAUAAUAAAGAAAAACCCUUGAAUGAGUAGGUGUCCAAACUUUUGACUGGUACUAUAUAUCUAUCUCUCAAUUAAUUAUUUUCUAUUGCAGGACUUUGAGGGCGAGGAGGUGGAGAUUUCCUUUUCUAAAAACGGUAAGGAGCCAGUUGUGGCCUUCCAGGCCAGUAAGGAGUCCCUGGCAGGGAGAGCUGUCUUCCCCCACGUCAUCUGCCAUAACUGUUCUGUGGAGUUCAACUUUGGCCAGAUGGAAACGCCCUACUUCCCCAAGCCAGAGGGCUACACCUUCCUGCAGCAGGUCGCCAUGGACGACCGUGUCCGCGGACCCAAGGGACCCAACACCAAGAAGGACUGCGAGGUAACUAUGGGAACCCAUAACAUCACUAGCAGUGAUUUGUUUGACACAAAGGCCUCCCUAGCAAUGGGCUCUAUCCUUCGGUUCAACCAGUAUUUCAUAAUAAACGGCUUGUAAAAUGUGUUUCAGAUAAAUGUAUCACUUUGUUUAUUGUAUGUGCAUAACCCCUUCCCCCAUUGUUACUGAUCAGUUGUGAAUAUGUGUGUUUUAGGUGAUUGCUAUGGUAGGCCUGCCCGGCUCAGGAAAGACCACCUGGGUGAACAAGCACAUCCAGGAGAACCCUGGGAAAUAUUACAUCCUGGGCAGCGACACCAUCGUGGAGAAGAUGAUGGUCAGUGUUAUACUGAGUCAUGGUUUUUGUAUCCACCAGUAUUUUAGAAUGUAUUCUCUCUGCACUCUUCUUAGAAUGAGGUUAUAGUUGUCUGUCAAUUUAGUUUGUGAAAUUUAACUUCCAGUCCUAUCCAAUGUUCCCUCAAACAUUUAGGCACUGAGCAAAUUUCAGGUCUGAGCGCAAACUUGAAUGUUGUGAAAAUUCUGUACAACGUCCAGCGCACGUUUACUGUGAACACUGAGCCGCUUUAAGUUAGUUUCAGACAGUGGUCAAGUAGGCUACUGUAGCUAUUUGCUCAUAAUGUAGACCAGAGUGGCCAACCAUAAAAAACAAUGGAGAAAAUGCAUCCCAUAACAUUUUAACAUGGAAAUAGCUGUUCAGUCAUUCAGCCUACAGUAGCCGACAAUGUGGGGUGUUCAAUAUAGACCUACAUUCCAUGACUUUUGAAAAAAACAUGCAGGGCUUGACAUUAACCUGUUUAUCCACUUGUCCUUCAGACAAAGAGGUGACUGAAAAUGUUGUUUGAUACGAGAAACCACUUUACAAAAUAAAAUGCAUUAUUAAUCCCAUACCAUUAUUACAGAGAAUCAGACAAAUUAUGCUACCCUCUGCCUAUUGGCUACAUAGCUUAUUCAAACCCGUCUCAAAAUACAACACUGCCCCAUUAAGACAAAGAAAAAAGCUCAUUACCUGACUCGCUUUUCAAAGAUGUGUACACAUUUUGUGCUCUUGUAGGAAGCAAUCACUCCACCAUUGCUGACUACAAAUGAUCUAUAACUGGGCUAAUAACUAACUAGCAAAGGAUAUGAACAAAUGAUCUGUAACUGGGCUAAUAACUAACUAGCAAAGGAUAUGAACAAAUGAUCUGUAACUGGGCUAAUAACUAACUAGCAAAGGAUAUGAACAAAUGAUCUGUAACUGGGCUAAUAACUAACUAGCAAAGGAUAUGAACAAAAUGUGCAACGGUUUGUGUAGAGCACGUUUGAGUCGUGCGUGUCAAUAGAAUCCUGCUCCGAUGCGUUCUGCAUACAACAAAAUCUCUUGCAUAGUUAGUUUUGCAUACCAAGUCUUGCAUAGUUUAUUUUGUUUCGGUAUGUUGCAUUGAAAGUGACUAUUGCGUUGACUCGAUCACAAUUCCCACGGUAAAGGUGAAUGUUGAUAGUGUUAACAAAGGCUGAUAUUUCUUCUGCGUGGCAGUCCCAGGGGAGCUGCCAUCAGCUUAGAGGGAACAUUGGUCCUAUCCUAAUCGUUGUGUAAGCAGUCCCUGGUCAUCAUUUGGCACUGUAGGCCUAUAUCCUGUCCUACAUCUGUGGUAUCUUGUGGCACAGCCAUUCAUUUUUGUCUAUGUAGAUUGGCAGCUUGAAGCGUCAGGCGAAGGACACAACUAAGCUCACGGCCAUUUCCCAGCGUGCACCUCUCUUCCUGGGCAAGUUCAUUGAGAUCGCUGCUCGCAAGAAGAGGAACUAUAUCCUGGACCAUGUAAGACUUCAUAUUCUAUUCAAUCACAGCCAAUGAUUUCUUACACGUUAAACACUGACCUUUAGUCAGUCUUAUAGUGAAUAGAGUAUUAGUUCUUUGAAUGCACAUGGAACAUACAGUAUAAUGUAGGUAAAUACAGGUAGAAUAGUCUCAUACAAAUGAGUACGUCAUGAUAUAGGGUAGGAAGGCUAGUACUAGAUGUAGACAAGAUGUAGGCUAGUACAAGACGUAGGCUAGCACAGGUCUAUAUAAAGUGCCAACAAAGCAGCCCAAAUCCUGGUUAUUUAUAAUCACACAAUCAGUCAACAUUAUUAUAAGUAAUUCCCCCAUCCUUCCUCACCUCUCCCCAGACCAACCUGUCUGCCCCGGGCCAGAAGAGGAAGAUGUGUCUGUUUGCUGGGUACCAGCGGAAGGCUGUGGUGGUCUGCCCCUCAGACGACGACUACAAGGAGAGGGCCCAGAAGAAGGCAGAGAGCGACGGCAAAGACGUGCCCGAGCACGCUCUCCUCAAAAUGAAAGGUAACGACGUGAGCUACUAUACCAAUAAAGAUGUUAAAAGUAGAAUCUUCUCCUUUGCUAAACAGCUAGCAACUUCACAUCCUUAUCACUAAUCCAGAAGCCUACAGAAAGUUGAUGUAGUAAUACGGUAAGGACACACCACUUUUUUUUUUUUUUUUUUAAGCUCCCAAAAAACUGUAGUUUUGUUUUCAUGUAAGCAUGGCUAGCCCCUCUAAGCUUUGCCCACUCGUGGCUGUCUGUGUCGCACGUGGCCAUAUCAGGGGGGCAGAGUGACCCUCUCUCCUAAACUCUGGUUCAGGGGCUCUACCCCUGCCUCUGGACCUGGUGGGAGGAACACAGCUGUAUAAAUGAUCCUCCAUCACUACAAAUCUAGUUUUGCUAUGGUUGACAUCAUAAGCUAUUAUUCAUACGCUAGUCUUUCAUUGGGGCUGUUAUUUUUGACCAUCGUUUUAAUAAUCCUUGGCUCUCUUCCCAUGUAGGAUUCUUCACCCUGCCAGAGGAGGGCGAGAGCUUCGCUGAGGUGAGCUACGCUGAGCUGCAGAAGGAGGAAUCCUCCAAGCUGGUGGAGCAGUACAAGGAGGAGAGCAAGGCGGCCCUGCCGGCUGAGAAGAAGCCCAACCAGGGGGCCUUGACCCCCAAUAGAGGAGGUGUUGUCCGGGGCGGAGGCAGAGGCAAGAACCAGUUCAACCGCGGAGGAGGACCCGGCCAGAGAGGAGGUGUACGAGGAGGCUUCCAGCACAGGGGCAACUUCAGAGGAGGUGGGUUACGAUUGUUGGCCAUAUUGGUCAGAUUAUUUAUUUUAUUUUUUGUCAUUUAGCAGACGCUCUUAUCCAGAGCGACUUACAGGAGCAAUUUUGGGUUAAGUGCCUUGCUCAAAUGCACAUCGACAGAUUUUUCACCUAGUCGGCUCUGGGAUUAGAACCAGCGACCUUUCGAUUACUGGCACAACGCUCUUAACCACUAAACUACCUGCCGCCCUAGAUUAGGGAUUUGCAUGGCAGGUUUUAACCCUGUUUUAGCCUCGCAACAAAUUGCUAAAACGUUCCUUGUUUAGUCUGCACUGAUCUGAUGGAACUGGACAGGAAGUCCAAUCAAACAAAAUGUUUUGCAGUCAAAGGCCUCUGCCCUUUCACUUUAAUUUCUACUGUAGUAAUUGAAAAGUAGAGAUGAGCAGAGGAUUAGGAAGCCAUUUUACAUCAUUAAAGAUGCAUCGGCAGUCUAAUGUAUGUGUCCAACAUGUCUGCCUCACCCAGCUCCAGGCCCACGUGGUGGGUUCACUCGCCCCCCUCGAGGCUUCAUGCCCCCUCCAGCCUUCAGAGGUGGAUUUGCCAACCGGGGCAACUUCAACAGGGGCGGUGGCCUCAUGGCCCCCCAGCGAGGGUCCCCAAGAGGAGGACCAAUUAGGGGCAACAUGGGCUACAGGGGUGGAGCCAUGAACAGAGGCGGUCCACCAAUGAACAGAGGCGGCAACAUGAUCCGGGGAGGUGGGGCUAACAUGAGCCGGGGAGGUGGGGCUAACAUGAGCCGGGGAGGUGGAGCUAACAUGAGCCGGGGAGGAGGGGCUAACAUGAGCCGGGGAGGAGGGGCUAACAUGAGCCGGGGAGGCGGAGCUAACAUGAGCCGAGGAGGUGGUGGAAACAGGGUCAACUUUAACCAGGUGGGUUGGGUCGAAGCAAUGGAGAAAUACAAGUUGAUCCUGCUUUAUUUGGAUAUUCUUCUAUAGAGGGUGUGUAGAUGCUCAAACGAUCAACUGCAACUCGUUGAUAUUAGCAAUUUGCAAGGAUUAGGGUUGGUGGAUAGUUGAACAUUUAUAAACCAUCUUUAGGAGACUAUCCAAAUAGUGUUACAAAAAGUUAGUGUUACAAUAGCGUAUUUAAUAGGGAGAUGUUAAUAAGUGUUGUCCCUCUCCCCAGGGGUUCCAGCCCAGAGGAGGCAACAGCCGUGGAAACUUUGGCAACAAGAGCGCCGGAUUUGGGGAUAGCAGGAACGCUGGAGGUCGUGGUGGCGGAUUUGGGGACAGUAGGAACUCUGGAGGACAUGGUGGGGGAUUUGUGGACAACAGGAACGCUGGAGGUCGUGGGAGGGGAUUUGGGGACAGUAGGAACGCUGGAGGACGUGGAGGCUUCGGAUUCGGCAUGGACAAGGCUCAGGCCUUCAACCAGAGCUGGCAGCAAGGG